AUGGCGGCGGCGGCGGCUUCGGGCGAGGCGCGCCGGGUGCUGGUGUACGGCGGCAGGGGCGCGCUGGGCUCGCGAUGCGUGCGGAUGUUCCGGGACCGGGACUGGUGGGUGGCCAGCAUCGAUGUGGUGGAGAACGAAGAGGCCAGUGCCAGUGUCGUCGUCAAGAUGACAGACUCGUUCACGGAGCAGGCUGACCAGGUGACCGCUGAGGUUGGCAAGCUCCUGGGAGAAGAGAAGGUGGACGCAAUUCUUUGUGUGGCUGGAGGAUGGGCUGGGGGCAACGCCAAAUCCAAGUCUCUCUUUAAAAACUGUGACCUCAUGUGGAAGCAGAGCAUGUGGACGUCCACCAUCUCCAGCCACCUGGCCACCAAGCACCUCAAGGAAGGAGGCCUCCUGACCUUGGCUGGAGCCAAGGCAGCCUUGGAUGGGACUCCUGGGAUGAUCGGCUAUGGCAUGGCCAAGGGUGCUGUGCAUCAACUUUGCCAGAGCCUGGCUGGGAAGAACAGUGGCAUGCCGACUGGGGCCGCCGCCAUCGCCGUGCUGCCGGUUACCCUGGAUACCCAGAUGAACAGGAAAUCAAUGCCGGACGCCGACUUCAGCUCCUGGACACCCUUAGAAUUCCUGGUUGAAACUUUCUAUGACUGGAUCAUGGGGAAAAACCGACCGAGCUCAGGAAGCCUGAUCCAGGUGAUCACCUCGGACGGAAAGUCGGAGCUUACCCCGGCAUAUUUUUAA